UUACGCUCCCCGACUAGAGGAACUCACGCUCAUACAUCGUAGUAAUGACGACACGAAGGAGUUUGCACUAUUCGGUGGUGUAGCGCCGCGUCUUCACAGACUCACGCUCGAUGGAAUUCGUUUGGCCUGGCUUCCUUCGCUUUUUGAGAAUCUCACUUAUCUGGAUUACACGCACCGCGGAUUUACCAAAGGCCACGUUGCGGUUUACGAGGUUUUAUACAUGCUAGAGGUUUCUAAUCGCCUCCGAGAACUGAGGAUCUGUUUCCCUUCUCAGAAGGAAAUCGUCUUUCUUCCUGAACAUCUGCCCAGCGCAGGUCCUGUUAUCUUACCUUUUCUUGAUCGUUUACAUCUAUGCGUAGACAGUCCGGAUAUCCCAUCGGAACUGUACUCCCUCAUGACCCAGAUAUCGUUUCCGGCCCUGACCUCCCUCCAUCUGGAUGAUUUACAUCACUCUGCUCGACCAUUCCCCCGGUUAUCGUUUUUCCUUCAGGGGUUACGUUGCUCUCCCUCUCUAAAACUUCUUCACGUCGAGCACGGAUGGUUUGAGAAGAAGCUGAUCAGGUCACUAGUUCACAUCCUACCGGGCCUCGGGCGUAUUGAAGUACAAGGUGCAAGUGCAAGUGCACUGUUAGUGGCGAAGUUCUCAGUGCGGCGGUGGGGUAAAGAUGGUUUUGUUGCAGAACGCGUUGUAUAAGGAUACCUAUUCAGAUGAAGCGGAGGGGUAGGGACGAUAGGGCCGAAGAAGAAAUUAGUGGAAGCUCAUAUCACGAGGUUGCUGCUAUUUCGGACCGCCGGACCGAAACACAGGUCUCUUAGACUAUAUGCUAAUCUUUCCGUUUUUCACCACACACUUCAUUCCUUCAUCCUCAUCCUUAUCUCCAGCAUGUCUCCAGGCUCCGAUCUUCAUCCUGGCAAGCUAUUCGAUCUAAGUGGUCGUAUUGCAUUGGUGUCGGGAGGGGGAACUGGCAUCGGAUUAAUGAUCGCACAAGGUCUUGCGGCCAGCGGCGCAAAGGUUUAUAUCACCGGCAGACGUAAAGAGGUUCUCGACAAGAUUGCACAAGCAUGGGAGCAGGAAGAGGGCAAGAUAAUACCACUCCAGAUGGAUGCUACAAAAAAAGAAAGUAUAUUAGCAGCACGGGAGGUUAUAUCACAACAGGAAGGGAAAUUGCAUAUUCUUGUCAAUAACGCAGGGCAAGUUGGCCCCUGUUCAGACUUCUUAAACCAGCCCUCUCCAACUGCGCCCAAGGACGCUGCAACUCUUGGUCAGGCUUUGUUCGAUAAUGAGUCAUUUGAAGAGUGGAGCGACUUGUAUGCGAUCAACACCUUCUCGAUAUUCUUCGUGACCACUGCUUUCGCGGGUUUACUGGACAAAGGAUCUAAGGAUGUAGAAGGGUAUACGUCAUGUGUUAUCAACACAACUAGUAUCAGUGGUUUGAUCAAGCUGGCGCAAAGACAUUUUUGUUAUAAUAGCGCGAAGGGAGCUGCAUCGCACUUGACCUCAAUGUUGUCCACAGAAUUCGCGCUUAAAGGCAUUCUUGUCCGCGUCAAUGCAAUCGCUCCAGGUGUCUACGAAUCAGAAAUGACAGUCGAUGUCAUUGAAGGAGAAGAAUUAACAAACAAAGUUGGACAGGGUAUUUUCCCCAUACCGGCCAAGAGAUCUGGCACUGCUGCAGAAAUGGCUGGAACCGCAGUGUAUCUUGCAUCUCGUGCAGGAAGCUAUAUGAACGGACGAGAACUAGUGAUCGACGGAGGGUAUAUGGCUGUCAACCCAUCCAGAUCGUGAUUGAAUGUAUGCUGUAUCAUAAUAUGCAGUUCUUGGGUUGCUUCAAUGUAGCUCGUGGUCGAGAUUUAUGUUGCUUACUUGCUCGAGUUAAGACUUUCGGAUUAUCAGACCGAAGAGGAGUCUUUAUGGUUAGUGACUCGUGAUCAAGUCAAUUGUAUAUAAAACGCGCCAAUCGAAUUUUAAACAACUUGU